AUGACGGGGCUUGACAAAAUUAACACUGCGUGGAAGGAUAUCAAAAUAAAAAUUGCAGUUACUGGUAAAUCUGGUAGUGGUAAAUCAACUCUGAUCAAUGCAUUGCUAAAUCUGAAAGAUGAUGACGAGGGAGCCGCAAAGACAGGUUGCGUUGAAACAACCUCUGAACCAACACCUUAUCCACACCCCAACAAUAGGAACCUUGAGUUGUGGGACUUACCCGGAGUCGGAACCCCAAACUUUCCGCAGAGUACCUAUCUUAAGCAGACCAAUCCAGAGGCGCGUGACAAAUGGCUGCAUAUUGUUGGGCGGCGUGUAGGCAACAAGUCUUGUACGGUUGAGGUCCGAAUAAGAAUUACCAUGUCGACCGAAGCGAUUGCCCGACUGAGCAGGUUGUGGACAAGCAGCUCAAGCAGCUUCGCCACCAAGCCAAGGCUACUCAAGUCCCUCGUAGUCAUCAACCUACUGUGCGGCUGCGAAACCUGA